AUGGCCGCGGUGAGCUUCGCGGACGACCCUCCUCCCGUCGCGGCGGCGCCCGCGACCCGCGCGAUGAUCCCCGGCGCGUGCGCGCUGUGCCCGUGCGUGUCCGCGCGACGGUGGUACGCGCUGGAUGAAUCUCGCUCGUCCCGCGUCGACGACGACGACGACGGCGACGGCGACGACGGCGACGACGACGACGGCGACGGCGACGGCGACGACGCCGGGUCCACGACGACGUACUCGUACGUCGCCGGGAAGGGCACCUCGCGCGAGAGAAGACUCCCGCUCGUGCUCGUGACGUCGCGCGCGCGAUGGCGCGGCGCGGGCGCGCGCGCGACGAGCGCGCAGCUGUGCCCGCACUGCCACCUCUCGAACGAGCAAUUCCAUCACGAGAGCUCCGCGCGCGCGCCGCCGCGGCAGGACGUGCACUCGACGUUGAGCAAGUUCGAUCGCAUCAUGAGCAUCCUCGCGCCGAGGCGCGCGGGCGGCGGCGGCGCGGCGGCGAAGUACGACAACGCCCCAACCGCGCGGCCACGACGCCGCGCGGGGAAGGGGUCGAGGCAAGUUCGAACCAACGACGCGGCGAACGAACAAGACGACGACGACGACGCCGACGACGACGACGACGACGCGACCGGCGCGUCCUCCUCCCUCGCGACGCUGUCGCUGUCGCGAUCCGCGCCCGCGUCGAGCGGCGGCGACGGCGCGUCGCUUCUCCACCGAGCCAUGGCGAGCGGCCGCGCGUCCACCGCGAGAGAGGACGCGGCGCUGAGAGAAGAACUCGCGGACGUCGCGAGGCUCGGGCAACGCCGCCGCCGCCGCUGGGCGAACGAUCGGCUGCUCAAAGAGCUGGGCGGAAACAUGACCGUCGCGGAGAUGGCCGCGCAGUUCAUGCCGCCGCCGUUCGGCGCGCCGUCGAAGCCGAGCCCGUUCGAGGCGAUGCUCGACGCGCAAGCGCGAGGGGAGUGGCUCGGGUUCCGCCGCGUCGACAUGGACAAAGAGGCGGCGUUUCUCUCGCGUCUCUCGGACGACGACGCCGCGCGGAGGCGAGAGCGGCACCGCGGGUCGAGAGCUCGCGGCGCGGCGUGGAGCCGCACGUCGUCGCGAUGUCGCGCGGCGCUGCGACGGGCGUCGCGAAGGCACCCGGAGCAGCUCGAGCGGUUGGAGGCGGCGCUGGUGGAUUUCGCGGUGGAUUUCGCCGCGGAUUUCGGGGGACGCGGCUCGGAUCUAUCGUCGGACGCGGACGUCCCCGAGCUCGUGCUUCCGCUCGACGACGCGUUCGCGCGGCUGCUCGCGCACGGGCUGUGCGAGUAUCACGGCCUCCGCGCGGUCACGCGCGAGGGCGCGGGAGGGGGGAAGGAGUUCGUCGCUCGGCCGCCCCCCGCGAGGCGAGCGGCGAACGCGGCGAACGCGGCGAACGCGGCGAACGAGGCGGAAAAGGAGGAGGGGGAGACGGAGGGCGAGACGGACGUGGAGGCGGCGACGGAGAUGGACGACGGGUCGUGGCGACCGCCGCCGGUGACGUGCGCGCAGUUCCUGCGCGCGCUCGAGGCGAGCAACAAGCGCAGGUAG